AUGUUUCAAUACGCCAGUGACAGUGUACAUGCACAAUCAGUCACUUGGCAAGUAAGUUUUAUCUGUCAGGCAUGUGAUCAACUAUAACGGAAACGAACACCAAAGAAAGAGAGAGAUCACAGGCACAUCACCAUAGAUGAGAUUGUCACAAUAUCCAUCAAAUCAUUUACGGUUGCCAACAGAAGUUGACAGACAUUAAUGUGAAGGUAGUUCACUAGUUUAUCCUGCAUGUGCCAUGCUACUCGCAAAGUUCAGCUUGGAUUGCCAUCCGUGACAAGUUCAAUAUAUAUUGUUAGUUACGCAUGAUAACGUGGGCAGUAAAAGCAGAUUCUAGACUCUACGCUACGCUACUGAAUUGCAUUGAUCUUUAGCAUUGCUAGAUGUCCUCAAGAGAGUAGGAAUAGCAGCUUGUGGGGUUCAAAUCGGGCAGCGAUCACCGCGCAUCUCAGUAAUCACAGCGCUGCUACGUUGAACUAGAGAUCUUAAGUUUAAUUUCCGAUUGGAAUAAAUUUGCAGGAAAUGAUUUGGAUCCAUUUGGAUACCACAGUUAGAUGCUUUAAACAGAGUUAAGCAGGUCGCACAAACAACUUUCUUUCAACUUUCUUAAGUGUUGUAUGUCUUAUAAAACUGUAUGGCGACUAUGCCAGCUACACACGGUGAACAAAUUAACAUUAGGCCAGUAUUGACAUGGAUUAUGUGAGCGAGCAAAUAAUGCCAUUACAUGUAUUUGCCACCAUAUACAAGGUCAAUAGUAAACAAUUUAGUCAGUCUGAUAACUGUAUCUCCUUUUAUGCGGCUUAUAGAGUUGACCAUCAUGUGCUAUACAUUGACUAUCUUUAAUUUCAACCAAUUCCAUUAAUCAUAUUGAUUGUUUUCAGCAAUUUCAGCAAUUUCAUUAAGCAUACGGAUCGUUUUCAUCAUUAUAUUGAACCUUUGUACAGACUUUAUUCGAUACAAUUUGGUUAUAAUUUUACAUCCCUUGUUGUUUAAUCAGUAUAUUAUUUGAAUGUACUUUUUCUUUCAGCUCCGUGAGUCAAUGGGAACCAAACUCAACCAAACUCAUGAAAUAGCUAUAGCACUGUCUAUUGUAGUGUUUGCUUUAGUUUUGUACAUGUUGGUUAAAAUUGCUGGGAAAAGAAUCAAUGUGAAUGGCGGCAGAGUUUACAAAAACCGUCGUCAUGCAACUGACAAAAUAUGGCAGAAAAGUGCAGCAAAGUUUCACAUAGUUCUAUUACCUGAGUUUCCAUAUGGAACAUUAUCAGAAUCAUUCAUUCAACCUGAGCUAUUUAAUCAAAUACCAAAGGUAAUAAUUCCAUUCUGACCUGGUUUCCUUAUCUGGGGCCUUAUCUAAAGAUUCCUUACUAUCUAAAAGCUGGUUCACAAUGCUUGACAAUUAGCAGUUAUACGCUAUGUUAAUGGGCAGCAUGAUCUCUUCCCAAAAUUAAGGCCAUGUCUAGUAAUUGUCAAAAAGCGCUCUCAUUGCCUUAAUUUGAACCCUAUAUCGCUAACGCCGACUCUAACCCCUAACCCUAAUCUAAUCUUAAUCUGACACUCAUCUAACCCUAAUCUAAAUCUGACGACCUCAUCCACGUUUGAUCCUCGUUCGUUUAACGCAAAAAGAACGGGAUUUUGAAAGUAGUCUAGAUGGCCACUCAGUUUGAAUGUUUGAUCAAGUACACUUACUGAGAUAGUGUAUACCAGCCUAUGAAGAGUAAGUCAUGAGUUGCAUCUGAGGCAGUGUAAACCAUGAAAGUAGUGAUAUGGUCUGUCCUUGGCUAGGUUUCACUAACUAGGGUAGAUUGUAAAGUAUAUAAUAUUUUGGCUGUCUAUUGCCGACGAUUUAACAGUGUAUAAAGUUGAGAGGACAUGCAUAUUUAUUUUACUGCAGGUUAUUGAAGACGAUGAAUUACCUAGUGAUUGUAGUCAGAAUUAUGCUGGAACACUUUAUGUUAACCUGCGAUAUGAUCUGACGAGGUACAAUAUUCAAGUAUAUAUUUAGAGGGUCCAUGUUGCCAACAAGAUUUUUAUUACUGUUCAUGUGUAAAAAGCAAAUUAAACUAAUUAAAGUUACAUUUGCAGCCUUUCAAACAGCGGGCACUUUCAAAAGAGAUUUUUGUAGAUUUUCCUAAACAGGAGCAGUUGCUAGAAAUGCAAUUAUACCCCCCUGGCAGGAAUCGAACCUGUGGCCAUGUACUUCUGGUGCGGUGCUCCAAACCAACCUCACUACACAGUCCAGUUGCUGAGAGCGCUGCACCGGAAUCGCAGGAUGGCAAGUUCGAUUCAUGCCAGAGGGCAUAUAGUUGCAUUUUAUAAUUUCUUUUAAGAUUUUUGAGACAUCUCACUCGAAUGAAUAAUAUUUUAAGGGUAUUGUAGAUGGAAAUUGUCGAGUGGAAACGUAUAUACAUUUAUCGCAGGGCCGCAGGUUCAAUUCCUGCCAGGGAUCUAAAGUUGUAUUUUUCGCUUCUGUUCCUGGUUAGGUGUAAUAAAUGUAUGUAAAUUUCCACUUGACAAUUUCCAUUUACAAUACCCAUCAAAUAUUAUUCAUUCGCGUGAGAUACCACAAAAAUCUUGAUAUUUACCCAUAACCUGUGCAUGGCAGUACCCUAGUAUAUAUACAUGCAGAACUUGUGGUUAGAGCUCGACAACUGGCCUCUGUAGCUCAGUUGGUUAGAGCGCUGCACCGGAAUCGCAGGGCCGCAGGUUCAAUUCCUGCCAGGGACCUAAAGUUGCAUUUUUCUUUUCUGUUCCUGGUUAGGUCUAAUAUAUAUAAAUUUCCACUCGACAAUUUCCAUCUACAAUACACUUCAAAUAUAAUUUCUUUUACAGAUCGGUCCUCGUCGUUGUAUUGCUCAAGGCACGGGAUUUACCAAACAAUGAAGCAAAUGAAAUAAAUUACUACAUAAUAAUCAAUUUGUUUCCACAGAAAGACAGACCAUGUCAAUCAGCCGUGUACAAAACGUCCUCACCCGAGUUCCAGGAAUUCUUCGAAUUUACCAUACCACUACGGUAUCUUUUGUUACAAAGUUUAAAAUUCUCAUUGUGGUCGUUUGAUCGUUUUUCACAUCACGAGGUCAUAGCUGAUACCUUGGUUCACUUAGAAGAGCUGGAGACAUAUGGUUUGUCA